UUAUUUCUCUGAAGAUCCAAGCAUCAAUGUCUGGGUGUCAAGAUUGGAGAUUAUUUCUAUGAAGGCUUAACCUUAAGCAUCAAUUUCAGGUUGCCAAGAACCUGCAACAUUUCCUGGUAUUUAAUCAGUCUGAAGAAGGGUCCCUACCCGAGAAGUCGUGCGUUUAUUUCUCUCCCAGAUGCUGCCUGGCCCGCUGAGUUCCUCCAGCAAGUUGUGUUUUGCUCAAGAUUCCACCUUCUGCAGAUCCUUGUGUGUCUUCUCAGCAUUUAAAUUUGGUUCCAGUGUUUUUGUUUUAAUGCUGUACUCAACAUGGCCGGAGCUGGUUAUAGGGAAUUGAGGAUCAGUUGGCUAACAUGAAGAUGCCGUCAGCAUGUGGGCUUGAAAACUUAAGUAUUUUAACUUUGGUGUCAAAUGCUGUUUGCAGCAAUGGGAUUGCUAAGGAAUGUCUCUAAAAUUCCUUUACUGUACCCUCUGAACAGACUACACUCUUGGAAAAUAUGUUUAAUUCCAUUACGUAGAAGGAUACCCAACUUAUUGUUUCUCCGGUCAAAACUGUCUCUGAUGAAUGGAAAUGCCUCUCAUAAUCUAAGAGAAAAUCAAUGUCCCCAAAAUUUAUCACGCCACUUUGUCCGGUGUUUUGCCACAAGCGAAUGUUUUUCUAAAAGCAACAAAGGUACCUGCAGUACAAAAUCAAAAAGUGGAAAGCAAAGUGAUGAGGAUGAUGAGGUGACAACAGAACAUAACAGUGAAAUCGAAGGCAGUGAAUAUGAAGAGCUGCUUCAGGAACAAUUAUCUGCUUUUUCUGAAGAUGGACAUAGAGUAUUUAUUGUCCAUCCAAAUGUCAAGUGGGGAGAGAAGAAACAAUAUCUCACCACAGGUGAACUUCAGAUGGCUGAAGCAGUUGCACUUGUGAAUACCCUGCCCAACUGGCAAGUUGUUGAUAAACUCAUCCUUUCCACAAAAAGUCCAGAUAACAAACUAAUUUUUGGCAAAGGCAAUUUUGAGACUCUUACAGAAAUAAUAAAAGGGAUGCCACAGAUUACUGCCGUGUUUAUGAACGUUGAAAGACUGUCUGCAUUAUCGGAGAAAGAGUUAAAAUCUGCUUGGGGCGUUCAAGUUUUUGACAGGUAUUCCGUUGUCCUUCAUAUCUUCCGUUGCAAUGCUCGUACCAAAGAGGCCAAAAUGCAGAUAGCACUCGCCGAGAUCCCAUACCUGAGGUCCCAGCUGAGAAAUGAAUUUGCCCACUUAGACCAACAAGGCGGUGGAUCCAGAUAUAUUAUGGGGUCAGGUGAGACCUUCAUGGAGGUUCAGCAACGCCUCCUCAAGGAGAGGGAACUAAAGAUUAGAGGAGCCUUGGAGAAGUUAAGAAAAAAACGACAGUUGCUGAGAACUCAACGCAAACGCAGAGAGUUCCCAAUUAUUUCUGUCAUGGGCUACACUAACUGCGGCAAAACCACUCUGAUCAAAAGCCUGACUGGAGACGCGGGUCUUCACCCUAGAGAUCAGCUGUUCGCUACACUCGAUGUUACCACUCAUGCUGGCUUGACUCCGAGUCGCAUGACAGUCCUUUAUGUUGACACCAUUGGAUUUCUCUCUCAACUUCCCCACAAAUUAGUUGAAUCCUUCUCGGCCACACUGGAGGAUGUGGCGUAUUCAGAUGUUAUAGUUCACGUCAGAGACAUAAGUCACCCUGAAACUGUCAACCAGAAAGUGAAUGUGUUAAAUAUUCUCAAGAAUCUCCAAUUGCCAAAUGAACUAUUAAAUUCUAUUAUUGAAGUCCAUAAUAAAAUUGAUUUGGUGAACAGUUAUCAACCCGCAGAUCCGAACACCAUUGCAAUUUCAGCCCUUCAUGGACUUGGAAUGGAUGACCUAAAAAAGAAAAUUGAGGAGGCAGUUUUGCAAGCAACAGGAAAACUAAUCCUCACCAUCAAAGUAAAUUUGGCUGGGCCUCAAUUAAGCUGGUUGUACAAGGAAGCCACUGUGCAGGAAGUGGACGUCUUGCCAGAAGACGGUCUGGCCAACGUGCACGUGAUCAUCAGUCGCUCUGCGUACGGGAAAUACAGGAAGCUGUUGCAGCCUUGACGUAAAAAGCUUUUCUAUAUUCCUGAAGAUCCUUAUCGUUUUUCUCCUGCCCUGCUAGAGGCGAAGGCUUAUACAAAAAAACACCCCACCACUGAGGAAUGUCUGGAGAAUGAUAAUGAAGUGCAACAAUCAUCGUUCCGUGGGGAAACAUGGCCAGUUUGCACACAGCAAGAUCCCACAAAUGACAGCGAGACGAGUCGGCACAGUCGACUAGAUUACUGGGAGUGUUCCUGGCUCUUUCUAUAUGCAGUCUUUCAUUACUUCAAGAGGCAGACAGAACUGUACUUUAUCUCAUACAAAGAAUGAAUGCUUAAACAAAUAAAAUUCCAUUCAAUAAAUAAGUUAUAAAAAGCA